CCCGUUACCACGUGAGGAUCAGGAUGACCCAAUCUCGCUAAGCAAUGGAAAGUAUUUGAACUCGUCCUUCCAGCUCCAUCUUUUCGUCACUCCAUCAUCUCUCACCGCCGCCCAUCCCCACAAGUCGCUACCAUCACUCAUAAGCUCCUCGCGGGAAAAUCUAUUCCCGGGUUCUUGUUGACACUUAUACUUGGGUGGUUCCCCGGCUUGCAGUCCUUUUGCUUGACCCCAUCUUCCCUGCUAAAACGAGCCUGCGAAGUCUCCAGCCCUGCAACGAACUGGAGUACAAAGCAGAGCUGCGCUGCCAAAUGACACCUAGUGGAGUCGAUUGUACAGCGGUAUUCAUCCCGGUAGUGCCGGUCUCCUUUGUGUCGAGCAUGGAGAAUGGGAAAUGAGCUAGGGGACCAGGGAAGAUCCAUGAAGUAGGAUGGUUCUGACUGUUUUCUGCACUUCUAUUGUGUGGGGAGAGUUUAUCUCCGCGGUUGGGGAUAAGAAUCUGACAGGUAGCUUGAGCUCUUACCCAGUAUAGCUCAAGCUACUGUAGAUUGCUUACUUCACUUGCUUUGGCUGAGUUCAUAUUCUGCCAUCAUCUGCUUCAACCUCAACAUUUCGAUUGUGUUGUUAAUACUUUUUGCUGGACAGGACGUACUGGGUCACGCCACUAAGGAAAAUUCUCUAUCAGGUUCAUGCAGCCUCGCUCAACUGUCACCCGAUUGCCGAAGCUACUCCAUAAUAUUGCGUAUGUGGUCGGCUGGGAACAUGUUCGGCAAUCCCCCUCUUCGAGUCAUGUCAUCUGAAGUACGCACCCCAGUUUUCAUCAGUACACUGUUGGGAUAGCGCACUGACAUAUUCUCCAUACUCUGCCGUUGGUCAAAAACUGGUACCUGGAACCCGUUGAGAUGACGAAGCUUUCCCAGUACUGGCCUACAGGAGGGGGUUUCCCAGCGGCGACUGUCGGCAAGAGGGAACAACUUCGGGGAAGCACGUCGUAUGCAUCUCUAACGCAUGACUAGGCGAUACUUGGCAAGAUGAACGAGACUUUUUUGGUGGCAGUUGAAGCAUUUUUCGGGUAAGCCACACGGGAGAGGCGGGGGUCCGAAAAGUUUAUCCUCAAGCGGGGUACUGGAGGUCGGCCCUUUUGACCUCAGGUGCAUCUCCAAAUCCCAAUGGAAACCAUCCCCAGCUUCCCCGUUCUCCAUUUUCCGAUCUGUGGCGUCGCCUAUCGCCCCGCAUAUUCUUCAGGGGGUUGGAUCCGAUCGGGAGAAUAUCGGGUGAUGCUGCUUGAUCAUUGAUUUUCUUGAUUGUCCGUCCGCUCCACGACGAUGGGUUCGUCUAAUUGAGCAGAAAUCUGGUGCAUUUCGAGUCGUCUAAAGUCCGGCAAAGAUGGGAUACCAAGGCUGUCCGUCGCAUUUUGCGGACCGAUUCAAGCAUCAAGGGUUGAAGACGCCGAAGACUUUUCGUCCACUCUACCAUUACUAUAGAAAGAUGUCAUUGAUAUUGCUUGUUGAGGUUUGCUAGCUGGGGAGCUAUAUAAGACGGGCAAGAUGCCGAGAUUCUGGAUUUUGAAACAUCAGUCGCCAUCUGAACAUUAAUUCGACCUUUCAAGAUGCUUUGCUCAUUCUUGUCUGCAGCUGCUCUGCUUGCACCAGCUCUUGCCGUUGUUCAACCUCUGAACACAACCAUCCUUGGCCAAUAUGGUCACUCCCCUGCAGUCUAUCCUUCACCAAACGCCACAGGUGCAGGUGGAUGGGAAGAAGCUCUCGCAAAGGCCAAGGAAUUCACUGCUCAACUGACCCCAGCGGAGAAAGCAGACAUGGUCACGGGUAAACCAGGUCCAUGUGUCGGCAACAUCGUCGCUAUCCCUCGUCUUGGAUUCGGUGGCCUCUGUCUUCAAGAUGGACCAUUGGCUAUCCGAACAGUGGACUACGCAAGCGUAUUCCCCGCCGGUGUUACUACCGCUGCAUCAUUCGAUCGCAAGUUGAUGUAUGAACGUGGUGUUGCUAUGGGCGCAGAGUUCAAAGGGAAGGGAGCCCAAGUCGCUCUUUCUCCCGUUGCCGGUCCCUUAGGUCGCUCUGCAUAUGCUGGUAGAAACUGGGAAGGUUUCUCCCCGGAUCCAUAUCUUACUGGUGUUGCCAUGGAGGAAACCAUUACCGGACUCCAAAGCAACGGCCUCCAAGCUUGCGCCAAGCACUGGAUUGGUAACGAGCAAGAAACACAAAGGAACCCAACUUACAAGAACGGCUCUAUCGUCCAGGAGUCCCUCUCCGCCAAUAUUGAUGAUCGUACCAUGCACGAGCUUUAUAUGUGGCCUUUUGCCAAUGCUGUUCGUGCUGGCGUCGCAAGUGUUAUGUGCAGUUACCAACGACUGAACGGGUCGUACGCCUGUGAAAAUUCAAAGGCGCUGAAUGGCUAUUUGAAGGAAGAGCUUGGCUUCCAGGGCUACGUGAUGUCCGAUUGGGGGGCGACUCAUUCUGGUGUACCAUCUAUUGAAGCUGGUCUAGAUAUGAAUAUGCCCGGAGGCCUUGGUCUCUACGGAUUGACAUUCGGGGAGGCAUCGGAUUUUGGCGGCAACGUCACUCUUGCUGUCAACAACGGCACUCUGGAUGCUUCGCGUGUUGAUGAUAUGGUCAUUCGCAUCAUGACUCCAUACUUUUUCCUUGGACAGGACAAGGACUAUCCAACUGUUGAUCCUUCCUCGGCUGACCUCAACACCUUUUCGCCCAAGAACACUUGGUUCCGAGACUACGUCUUGAACGGCACUCGCAGCCGCGAUGUCCGUGGCGACCACGGUGCCCUCAUUCGCAAGCAUGGCGCUGAAUCCACUGUCUUGCUGAAGAACGUGAACAAUGCCCUGCCCCUUAAAUCCCCCAAGAUCAUCUCCGUCUUCGGCAACGAUGCCAGCGAAGACACUCAAGGGUUCUACAAUCAAGUCGACUUCGAAUACGGUACUCUUGUAUCGGGAGGAGGAUCCGGCACAGGCCGCCUGACUUACCUUAUCACACCUCUGGAGGCAAUCAAAGCCCGUGCCUCCAAAGACGGUGCACUCGUCCAGCAAUGGCUGAACAACACCCUCGUCGCCACCAGCGACAUCUCCACGCUCGCUGUCCCCGAGACCCCUGACGUCUGUCUCGUUUUCCUCAAGACCUGGGCCGAAGAAGCAGCUGACCGCGUAUCCCUCGAGCUCGACUGGCAAGGUAACGACGUUGUCGAAUCCGUCGCCUCAUACUGCAGCAAUACCAUCGUCGUGACCCACUCCUCCGGAAUUAAUGAUCUCCCUUGGGCCGACCACGAAAAUGUAACAGCCAUUCUAGCCGCGCACUACCCUGGCCAGGAAUCUGGAAACUCCAUUGUCGAUAUUCUCUAUGGUGACGUGAAUCCCUCCGGCAAACUGCCAUACACAAUUGCUCUCUCAAACGACGAUUAUAACGGCCUUCCAACCACGGCUGUCAAUUCCACUGAUCCAGAUGCCUGGCAAGCGUGGUUCGAGGAGAAGCUCGAGAUCGACUACCGCUACUUCGACGCGCAGAAUAUCAGCGUGAGGUAUGAAUUUGGUUUCGGGCUUUCCUACUCGACAUUCUCCCUCUCGGAUCUUUCCAUCUCUGCUUCCUCUUCAAGCAACGUCUCUUCCACUCCAGCAUCCCAAAGCGCUGCCACCCCAGGGGGUAAUCCCGCUCUAUGGGAAACCCUCUACAACGUCACCGUGACGCUUACCAACACGGGAUCCGUGGCUGGCGCGACAGUUCCGCAACUGUAUUUGAGUUAUCCGGAGAGUGCGCCAGCUGGCACGCCCCCUAAGCAGUUGAGGGGUUUCGAGAAGGUGAACUUGCAGCCAGGGGCUAGUGAGAAGGUGAGUUUUGAAUUAAUGAGGAGGGAUUUAAGCUUUUGGGAUGUGGAGAGCCAGGACUGGAUUAUUCCAGCUGGUGAGUUCGGGGUUAGUGUUGGCUUUAGUAGCAGGGAUUUGAAGGUUGUAGGGGGUGUGACGGUUGUUUGAAGGGGCGAAUGGGAUGGAAUGGGAUGGAUCGGGGGUGGGAAUAUUGUGAAUGGUGAUGAUUUUAUGAUUUAUGAAUAUGAAUAUGAGUAAUUAAAAAUAGAGAAUGAUUAAAUGGAUAAUGAACUCUAAAUAUCUG